AGGUUGAACUGAAAACAAGAGUUUUUUUAUUAUUUGUGUGAUGAAUGCCACGGAGAAGAGGAGAGCAGAGGCACAGAAGCUAUUUCAUUGGUUGCCUCUUUUAUCGCUUCGCAACAAGUCCCUGUUUGUGAGGGGAUGCAUCGAGCAAGACGGAGCACUAUGGACAUGGUACACGACCCCGGUCCAGAAAGUGCUGUCUCCCAGGGAGGUGUGCACACAUUCAGGCUCCCUGUACUGUCUGUGUGGGGCACCUGCCGUACCAAAUCCUUGCUUUGAGGAAUAUGCAAAGGCGUUUCAAGAUGGGUUUCCAAAAAACUAUGCUGAGAUCAUAGAGAAAUUCUAUCCUCUGAAGACUUAUGAGCUGCGAAAAGGGGAAAAGGCAGAUGAUAGGCCACAGACUUUCCUCGAUUCAAACAAAAGACAGCAGCAGACCCGACUGAGAUCAUCGAGCCGGGGGUCCACCUUGGUGCGAGCUGAAAAUUCACAAACUGGAAGAGCACAUACCUCUCCCAAGGAACCAAAAUCUACAGUUUCAAGGAAGGAAGCAGAAGUUUCUUCAAGAAAUGCUUUGAAAAGGGUGAACAGGGCGAUACAGGAAGUUGGAAGCAAGGAGACAAUUCAGAAAAAACCUCUCACAAAAAAGUCUCCCAGGAAAGAACCUGUGAAGAAGAAAGCUAAUAGGCCAAAGAAAUCAUCCCUAGAAAAUGUACCAACAGUGUCCAAGGGACAAGAUCCCAAGGUUGGUACUGUGCCAGACAAGGCUAAAACUAAAAAGCGAGGAACCAAAGGAACAUCGGCAGAAGCAGCUCUUAAGAGAAAUCUUCCUGAAACCUCACAAUCUUCAGAAUCUCAAUUGAAAAAGAGCCGACGUGAUGCCUACAGCCCAAGCAGAAUGUUUGGACUGGAGCUUAAUGCAGCUGAUGUUGAGGCUGUCACAAAUUACCUGGACGGGGAUGACCUAAUGCGCCGUCUGCAAGCGAUUCGGACCCCUGAAGCAGUGCCUGGACCAGCAAGAGUGACCACCCCAACAUACAUCAUGCAGCUGCUGAACCCAGAGACCCCUGCUACUGGUGUCUCCUGCAAAAGCACCACCCCACCUGACAUUGAUGUCAAGCUCAGGAAAUGGGGUCGGGCAAAGGCACGCAGGGACAAGAAGGAAGCUAUGCAAACUCAUCCGAGGCUAAGAAAGCAGGAGGCAGAGAAGCAGCAUCUUUUGCAUGCUGAGAAAUCUCCGCUUGUCAUGCCAAGUGCAGCAGCGUUCAAGGUGGCUGCUGGGCAGAAGUCAAAAGGAGAACUGGACACCUCCACUGAGACGUAUUUCACAGAAGAAUCAUCAGAAGAUGAAGAGAAUGCCUAA